GACGCUUCCCUGCAAACGGAGAUAGAGAGAGGGAGUGAGAGAACUUACCUUGGGCUGUAGUCUGAUCUAUAUUAGAUCGAGCCAAGGCUUGCCGUGGGCUUGAUAUGAGCUUGAGUAGCAGGACGCAUGUCAACUGAGCUGAAUUCUGAAAAUAUCUGACACCUCCGAUCUUCUGGAUGUCUCAGAGAUCUGAGAGAGGCUACUUAUGAGCGUCGAUUACUCACUGCUCGGAGGCCUUCACGAAGGAUCGUCCAUUGAUUAGGAGCUUUCAUGUCUACAUGUAUCACCAAACAGUGAUUUUCAUAGUUGUGCUCUGAGGACCUUAUGAUCAUCAUUUCGACUUGGUUGCGGUUGCUGUACGUAGGAGGGUGAAAAUCAAAAUCCCAACGCUCGAGGGACAUUCAGAGAUAUGAGACUUUGACAUGCAAGAGACCAUGCAUGCCUAGCUGUUGCAUUUGCUUCUCCGGCUUCUUGAUUCGAAAUUCAUUAAGAGAUGCACCUCAUCAUAUCAACGGUCUUAUCAACACCUUGGAGAUAAAGUUGAGAAAUGCGCACUAAAACUUAACACAAUGCUGAAAGCCAAGUGUUUAGUGUUGCAGAAACUCGGAGAAACUGCUGAAACAAAAUCCGACUUUCGUGAUCGGAACUGUACAUAAUUUACAGAUAAAGUCUUUAUUCCGGCGAGUAUGGCGAAUUAUGAUAGCAGCUUACAGUCUGGGAACUCGGAAGAAACAGCUGUGUCUACUUCGCAAGCACUGACAAGUCCUUGCGAAGCCAUGUGGGAUGGAUGGACAACUCAGACAUCCACUGCAUCUGCAGGGCCUCCAAGCAUCUCACUGACUGAUCUCCAAGUGCAAGGCUCAAUUGUACAUAUGAAGAGCUCUACAAAUUUUCAAUCAGACUUGCUCUCAUCCUGGCUGUCUGGCUUCCAAACUCUGUCUCAGGCCGCGGGUGUGCUUGGUGCAGUCGACCAUGAUCAGCCACAGUCACAAGAGGGUACCGGUAGCUUAAUGUAUCCGGAUGAAUUCUCCCGGUUGAACAUAUGUUCCACGUCAUCGGAUGAGCGUCCAGACGGGGUGGCUCACUCAGAGAGCUCGCAUGCCUCGCAGUUAUUCAUCGAGCGCUGCAGUGAUCAGAAUAUCAUGAGGGCAGAUCGUGAAUUUUGUGAGACUCCAGUUACGGAGGACAGUAGCAAAAGAGAGGAAUCAGCUCCGUAUUUUCGCAGCACAAGCGCUCCCAAUCAAUCUAGUAAUUUUGACAAAGUGGUGAGGAAUACUGAACAAGAUCAGCAUAUGGUGCGGACUCCUGAAACAGACUUGAGCUCCAGAACAUCGUCACCCCCCUCCAUGCAGCUGGCUUCGUAUGGUCAAAUGAUGCAGCAUCUGGUUGGACAAUACGAGAGCAACCCAGCCACCACUUGGCUUAGUUGCGUCACAUCAUCUUCCUCACAACUGCGACCAUCUGACAACGGCUUACGUCCAGUCCAGGGUGAUCUCAGCAGAGCCAACACAAGCAGUGAAAGUAUAAUACUACACCACCACAGGCCAGGAAGUAACCAUUUUUCCAGCGCCAACGAUCCGUACUGCAAGGCCUCUGCUGAGAACAUGUACGCUGAAUUGCAUGGUCUUCUGACGAAAACUCAACAAGAUUCCCUGACAGGCACAAUUCAGCUUCCGCAGGCACCGGCUGCCACUUCUGCUUGUGGUUGGUCACAAUUCACGGACGCGAACAUGCAAGGCCAGCAGAGCAUUUUUGCCUCCGAUGCAAGUACCGCAGCCAUAACUCCAAAGCCGACGAGAAGAACGGAAGAUCCAUCAUCAUCUCACGCAGGAAAGGCAAGAGCAUCCGUUGUCAAAGUAGCCCGUUCAAAUCCAGAGCGGCAAGAGAAAAGGUCUUCUCGGGGACAUGACGAUGAGUCGGGAAGUAGCAGUCCCGCCUUGAAACGAUCCUGCAUUGAACAUGCAAUUUGGCAGUCGAAUGCAGCAUUUCUGGGAAGAGUAUCUGACCCGCAGUUUCAUGCAUCUCUUGGAAGCGGCUACGGAAUUGGUACGAGUUCCAGUGUGGAUAUACACUCCUCGGUGGGACCUGCGCUUAAUACAAAUGGGAAGCCUCGAGCACGUCGCGGAUCUGCCACUGAUCCACAAAGCGUCUAUGCACGCCACAGACGGGAACGCAUCACUGAGCGCCUGAAAAUUCUACAACACCUUGUUCCCAAUGGAGCUAAGGUUGAUAUAGUAACGAUGCUGGAGGAGGCAAUCAGCUACGUCAAAUUUCUGCAACUGCAAGUGAGGUAUUUAAGUUCUGAUGAAUACUGGAUAUACGCACCUACAACUUACAACGGCGUGGACGUUUCGAUGGGUAUGCAUUUCCAGGGCAUGGACUCACAAGCUUGAACACACGACCUUCAACAAAUUGAUACAGAUCGCUUUGGUCUACGAAAAUUUCCAAACUUCUCCUCUUUAUAUAUAAUGACCUGAGUGUCCUCAAUCCAACUCUGUAGGAAAGGACCUCCCACAAAAUUUAGGAACCGCCUGGUGUAGAAGUUUCUCUGGCAUUCUCAGGGGUGAGGCUUUAAACGACUUGAAGAGUUGCAGACUAGUAUCAUCUCCAUACCAGUCAAAAUUCAACAUGAUGAUAGAAAUAUCAAAUAUCCAUCUGUACAAUUGUGAACCCUGAGUCGAAUACCAGUGCGGUUCGAAUAAACGAGAAAUUCAGCAAGCAAUUUUUCUAUAUCAAGAAGUGUUUACUACAAAUUGAGAAGAC